AUGGUCGAUUCUCCUCCUCGGCGGCGGGAGGCCAACAGCGAGGAACCCUAACCCUAACCCUAACCGCGCUCCGAUCCGCAAGGCGUGCGACGAUGGCGGCUUCCCUCCGCGCGGCGGCGACGAGGAUGCUGCGCCCGGCGGUGCUUCCAGGGGAGGGGCUUCGCCGGAUCUUCCGCACCCAGCAGCUUUCCAAAUCCACCCGUGCCUACGAGGAAGGACACCGUCCGUCGAUUUUUACCUUGAAGGAAUACCGUGCGUCGCGUAUCCAGGAGACGAAGGAGCAGCUGUAUGAUCUCAUUGCCGGCGCCGAGGCCAAUUCCAAGACCUUCUUGCUGAACAAGAGUCUGCUCAAGGAUCUCUCUACACAAGUCAAGCCUAGACCAGAGGACCCUCAUUGGUGCAAGAUAAGUAGAACCAAGAAGGUGACUGACAUUACUAUGUCAGCGGGUAUUCUUGCUAUUUCUGGGCUCACUUAUUAUGCCUUGACUUCCUGUCCUGAAAUCGUAAAGUUUGGUGAUUAUCUUGUUACUGCUGAGAGUGUGCCCAUGAUACGAGAGAGACUGCAGAGGCAAGCAGUACAAGAGAGACUGAGCAAGCAAUAUGGAUAUCAGCCUGUUGCUGCUGCUGAGGGAGCGGACAAGCAAGAUGGAUAUCAGCGUGUUGCUACUGCUGAGGGAGCGGACAAGCAGGAUGCAUAUCAGCCUGUUGCUGCUGCUGCGGGAGCGGACAAGCAAGAUGGAUAUCAGCCUGUUUCUACUGCUGAGGGAGCGGACAAGCGAGAUGGAUAUCAGCGUGUUGCUACUGCUGAGGGAGCGGACAAGCAAGAUGGAUAUCAGCCUGUUGCUACUGCUGAGAGGGAGCGGACACAAGCAAGAGGAAACUUGCAAAAGCAAGCUGAAUGAAGACGAAAUGCAUCUCUUGUUUGAUGGAGAAGCAAGACUGAUAUCAGUUCCAUUCCAGCACUAUAUUAUGUAGUAUGUCUCUUGAAAUAUAUAUAUGUCUAUCUAUGAUCUGCCACCUAGAAGUUAGUAGUAGUAUAACUGGAUGAUCUGUGACUGCAUUGUAGGAUAUGUGUUAUGUUGCUGGCAUGGUACGUAUGUUACCCUUUGAAGUCUAGAACUUUGGAGUGGUAUUUUAACUUAACUGGACGAUCUGUGAUGGCGUUGUAAUAUAUAUGUGAUUUGCUGCCGUGUUAUGUUA